CAGGAAACUAUGACACAACUUCAAGUGAAGUGAGAAAAGGACCCCACUUUCACCGCAAACACAAGAGGCAGAUCUAUUGAUAAACAUGUCCCAGGAGAUACUGUUCAUCAUUAUGUUGCUGGUGCAUCACACAACACAGAGUCAGAGAGAAGUUAUAAAGGAUUGCAAUGAAGAUGUUCUGCUUGAGGGUCCAGUUAGCAGGAACAAAGCCUUGGAUUUUUUCUCAUUCACAUGGUAUAAGGGAGAAGCAGCUAUCAUCAGGAUGCGUAAAGAUAAACCACAGGCCUUCAAUUUCUCUCGGGAGGCAAAGUUUGGCGAGAACCUGAGUCUAAUUUUGCCGUUAGUGAAGCCUGAGGAUUCUGGCACCUACAAAUAUAAGAUCGUAGCAAACGUUGGAGGUCAAAACGAGGAAGGCACUGUCACUCUAAGGGUUAACGAGUGUGUGACCCAGACUAAUCCAACCACAGCAACAGCAACAACAACACCGAACUCAACCCAGUCCAACCUGCCUUUAGAUGUCCAGGAGUUUCCACCACAUUGGAGUUUAGCAGGCUACCUAUUAGUGGCCAUUGCAAAAAUUCUUCUAUCUCUGACCUGUAUUCAGAUGAUGCAUGUCAUAUCAACGAGGCGAGAGAAGAAUAGAUUAUACAGCUGACAGAAGAAUUCCUGUGGAAAGAGAAAACACAUCUCAAGAAAAAUGUUUGCUGUUUUAAUUUCUUUUUUAAAUCAAUGUGGGUGUUUUUGUUUUCUAUAUUUUGUCUUAUGUCCAUGCUUUGUUUAACAAUGUCAUCCUGUUUAACCACAAUGUGGCUUUAUAUUUUUAGGGUCAGCAGAGACCUACAGGAUAUCAGGGUUUUUAUUUAGAGCAACUGAAACAGUAACAUUUUAGUCACACUGUUAUAUCCAUUUCAAAUGCCUAUACACUGUACAUGUAGCAUCACAUUUUUUACUUUUUCUUUCUUAUCCUCCACCUGCUACCUUGAAGAUACUAUUGCUGGAUUAAUGCAAUGGAUUACAAUGAAAGGUUCUGUGAUAAGGGAAAAGGUUUAUAUAGUGUUAAAGGGGAACACCGUUGUUUUUACAUUGGCCCCUUGAUUUUACGUUAUUACAUCAUGUUCUACUCACAUGGGAAUCAAAAAUACAUUGCUGGAACAGUAAGUCUGAAACAAGCACGGUGGAAAGGGGAAAGGAAUCGGUCAGGAGCGGAACUAUGGUCAGAGACCCAAGGCUGCCAGUUGGGAACUUGAUCCACAGAAUGGGUAUUUUCUGAGAGGUUAUGGACACAGAUGACUGGGAAGGCUUGGAAGAGGAACAUUUUACGGCAAUAACCCAGAGGUUACAAAGUGCAGAAAACAGAGCAAAAAAACAAUCUUUUGUUUUCUUUUUUUUGGUCUUAUUUUUCUGUGAUUUGUUUAACCUUGUCACCCUGUUUAACCACAAUGUCAACAAAAGCUGCAUUCUUAAAAUGAAAAAGCAUUUCGGAAAAUGCUUUUUCAUUUGAAAUAUGGUAAUGUUUUGCUUCCAUAUCCGCGGUUAUAUUUUUCAUAUUUAUAUCUUUUAAAAAC